AUGUUAUUCGAAAGUAAUAAUUUAAAUAAUAUUUAAAUUUAAAACAUAUUAUAAUAAUAAAAACUAUAAAAUAAUAAAAAACUCUCUAAUUAAUUUACUAAUUAUUUUAAUUAAAAUUAAAAUAAUAAUACAAAUUCAAAUAAUAAUUAACUUAAUAUUAAUUAAAAAUAAAUUGGAAUAGAAUUAUAUAAUAUUAUUUCGAAUAUAGGAUAAGGUAGUUAUGGAAAUAUUUAUCUUGUUUAACAUAAAAAUAAUAAAAAAUACUACGCUAUGAAAGUCCUAAAUAAAGAGCAAUUAAUAAAUAAAAAUAUGGUCAAAUAUGCAAUAACUGAAAAGAAUGUAAUGCGUAAAUGUAAUUCUCCUUUUGUUGUAAAAAUUUAUCAUGCAUUUUAAACCGAUAAAUAUUUAAUAAUAAUUAUUGAUUAUUGUCCAGGAGGUGAUUUGUAUUAGUAUUUAAUGGAAUAAAAAAGAUUUGAUGAAUAACUAUCACUCAAAUAUUUAUGUGAAGUAUUAAUAGCUGUAGAAGAACUUCAUUGUAACAAUAUAAUAUAUAGAGAUAUGAAACCUGAGAAUAUAGUUUUGUCAACAGAUGGACAUAUAAAAUUAAUUGAUUUUGGGUUAUCUAAAGAAUGUAAUGGAAUAGGAGUAGCUUCUACUUUUUGUGGGUCUGCAGUUUAUUUAGCACCUGAAGUAAUUAGUAAAAAAGGACAUAAUAAAUCGGUGGAUUGGUAUUAAUUUGGAAUUUUGGCUUAUGAAUUGAUGGUAGGACAUCCUCCUUUUAACUAAAUGGAAAGAAAACAAUUAUACUAUAAUAUUUAAAAUAGUAAAGUAGAGUUUCCCGACUUUUUGUCUGAAAAUGCUAAAUUAUUAAUUUAAUAACUUUUAAAUAAAAAUCCAGAUGAAAGGUUAGGAGCAGGUAAAAAUGAUGCUUAAGAAAUAAAAAAUCAUAUUUUUUUUAAAAAUGUCAAUUGGUUUGAUGUAUAAUAAAAAUUCUUUGAACUUCCAAAACCUUAAUGUAAGUAAAUGUUUGAAAAUAAAAUUGAAAUAGACCUUAAUUAAAAUACUUUAAAAUAAAAUAAUUUUAUUGCUAAUUGGUAUUAUUUAAAUGAAGAAGAAUUAAUAAUGUGA